ACAAUUACUACAAAACUUAGUCGGGACUUGAUUUAAUAAAUUAAUUAAAACGGUUUUACCCAAAAUAUCGUAUUUCUAGUUGGCUGCCAUUCCCUAGUCGGUAAUACAGUUCCCUAGUUCUUUUUCGGAGAAUAAAUUGUGGCGACCACGUUGUAGCAACUGCGCCACGAUGCAAAUUUUCGUGAAAACUCUGACCGGCAAGACCAUCACUCUCGAAGUCGAGCCUUCAGACACCAUCGAAAAUGUGAAAGCGAAGAUUCAGGACAAAGAAGGUAUUCCUCCCGAUCAACAGCGUCUAAUUUUUGCGGGCAAACAACUGGAAGAUGGACGCACUUUGUCCGAUUACAACAUCCAGAAGGAAUCCACCCUUCAUUUAGUCUUGCGUCUACGAGGUGGGAUUAUUGAGCCGUCUUUGCGUCUCUUGGCUCAGAAAUACAAUUGCGAUAAAAUGAUUUGUCGCAAAUGUUAUGCACGAUUGCAUCCACGUGCCACUAAUUGUCGCAAGACAAAGUGUGGACACACCAAUAAUCUCCGCCCUAAGAAGAAGUUGAAGGGUUAAGUUUAUUGUCAUUAGAGGAGGAGAAACAAAAUAAAACAUUUUUUCUUCAUCAUGA